UUUACAUUCUAUGAUUUUUUCAAGCUCACCGUUUAAUCUGCUGCAAACUGAAUACGGUUUAUGUACAUUGUAGACUUUAAAAUGUGAAUCACAGACAAAGCCUUUAUCCAAUUGUUUUGUUUGAGCUACCAGUAUGUGUGCCGAAGUGUUAAAUAACAAAUCGAUCACAUCUGAUCCGGGCGAUACUAUCUUUCUCAACCUAUGAAGAUAUUUUAGCGAUGAAAAAUGCCAUAACAAUACCUGUUAUUAAAUCAUGAUCAUUCAAAAUUACAUCUCCUGUGGCAUUUUAAUUUGUAUGCUUACCAUGAUUAGAAUGUUUUUCUAUGAAUUUUUCAGUCAAUUAUAUUAAGGUAAGUAAAAAACGUCUAAAAAUGGCUGUUAUGGCACAAAGGUAAGUUGAUCAAGUGGAGAAGCGUCCAAUCUGCAAGAACUACACCAAAUUUGGACACGCAAUUGAUUAGGGAAAUGUUUGACUACAACGCGUUAAAAUUAAUCAUUAGGCUGGUAAUCCCUUUUGGCGUGUGGUCAAUUUUGAAACGAUAGCAAAACGCUUAUGGUGUCAUUCACAUUGUUUUUACUGAAAUUAUGAAGCUAAAACAAGAAGUAACCCAGUUAUUGCCUCCCUGAAUUUUCGAUUAAAUACUUGAAACUUUUUCUGACGUAACUGAAUACCAUUUCCAAAUUCAGCGUAGAAAAUCCGAUAAAAAUGGGGUGAAUCGGUUCACAUUCAAAAGUGGCGCGCGAAUGUACUCAAGCGUAAUGGGCUUACUCUCCAUAUCAGCGAAACAAUGACUGUUGAGUACUUUGUCAAGGUGCGAUUGACGUUUACGUGACAAAGCAGCAUUUCUGUUUAUUUUUGUGCAUCAAACACAACCCGCUCUGUGAAUGUUUUCAUAUUUGAAAAAUCCUGAAAAAUCCAUAGAAUCGUAAGUGAAAUCGAAGAAGAUAAUUGGUGUUACAUCGCAUAAUAGUCAUUCGUCGAAAUUCGGCGAAAAUAUCAACGAAAUAUAAAGUGCAAACUGUAUGCUGCCGUGUGCAAUCGAUCCGUUAGAAAAACAGUAAGAGACAGAGAGAAAAGGACGACAGAUUUGUGUAUUUGGGGAAAAUGGGUGAAAAUUGGGAGAACGUCCUUGACAACUAUUGGAUUAAUAUCCUAGGUACAACGCAGGAAUCGCUACGAUUUGUGGAAAAUGCAUUCCAAUGCAGCGCAAUGUCGUUUGACGAGAAUUUCAAGCAAUACUUUUUGCGAGCAACGAAUGACUGGGUCACUAAAGCGUACGAUCUAUAUCUCACUAAAACCAAGUUGAAAGAGCAAUUUAUUGGAGUUCGCGGCCGAAAUGAUCCGACAAAUCACUAUUUGAACACCAACAAGACGACCACCGAUGCAAGCGGUGAGACUGUGAUCAAAGGAUCGUGUAGCUGUCAUCGGUCGGAGCUUUGCACUGCUCAAUCAACUUACAAAAUAACACAAAGCAAUGGACGAGGAGAUGGGAGCGCUAUUUAUAUGACAAUCAUCAUAUCGAAUCAGCAAGCGAUCGAUCCGAAGACAAACGAAGAGGUUUGUGUACUCGUCAAUCGCACGGAAUCGGAUAGGGCCAUGGAUGAGACAGAAUCAAUGCCAACCACAAACAACGGAAUUGACGUGAGUGAAGACAACACAGGGAAUGACGCAUCGAACAAAGGAACAACGAACGAAUCAAUGACGACAGACGAAGCAAGUCCAGCCACCGGUGAAUUGAACGAAAUCAACGAAAUGGAUACCCAAGAAAACGAACCGAUUCACAUUGAUCUACCAAACGACAUGAUCGUUGACGAACGCAUCGAUUUGAUUCCUGAAAAUAUCGUGGAACCGUCAGAAAAUAUCGAAAAUGAGAUCAAUGAAAACGAAGCUCAGGAAGUGACAACGAAUCAACCAGCGACUGAGCCGAUUUCAGCAGUGGCACAUGAAGAGAUAAAUGAAGCAACCGAUCGUCCAGAGGUGAAAAAUGCAAUGGAUGAAUCACAGUUAUUGCCAAGUGUUAUGACAGAAAGUGAACUGAGCGAAGAGAACAUUGGAAAUGGCACAACCAGCGAUGGAACAACAAAUGGAAUGACCGGAACAAAUGAAGCAAAUCGAGAUAUAAAUGAAUUAGAUGAAAUCAACGAAUUUGAUGCUCCAGAAAUCGAAGCAAUUGAGGCGAUCGAAGAAUUAUCGAGCCAGGAGAUAAAUGAAGUCAUCGAUCAUCCAGAUGAGAACAAUGUCGUGUAUGAGACAGUAUCAAUGCGAACCACAACGAACGGAACUGACGUGAGUGAAGACAUCACUGGAAUUGACGAAUUGGACAAAGAAACAACGAACAACUCAGUGACGACAGACGAAGCAAGUCUAGCCAUCGAUGAAUUGAACGAAAUCAACGAAAUGGAUGCUCAAGAAGACGAACCGAUUCACGUUGAUCUACCGAACGACACGACCGUUGACGAACGCAUCGAUUUGAUUCCUGAAAAUACUGUGGAACCAUCAGAAAACAUCGACAGUGUGAUUAUUGAAAACGAAGCUCAAGAAGUGACUACGAAUCAACCAGCGACUGAGACGAUUACAACAGUGGCACAUGAAGAGAUAAAUGAAGUAACCGAUCGUCCAGAUGUGAACAAUGCCAUGGGCGAGCCACAGUUAUUGCCAAGUAUUACGACAGAAAUUGACCUGAGCGAAGAGAACAUUGGAAAUGGCACAAUCAGCGAUGAAACAACGAAUGGAAUCAUCGGAACAAAUGAAAUCGAUCGAGCUGUGAGUGAAUUAGAUGAAAUCAACGAAAUUAAUGCUCCAGAAAUUGAAGCAAUUCUUAUUGAUAUAGAGAGCGAUUCGAUUAUUGUCGAUUUGACGCAUGAAAUUGACGCAGCAUCUCUGGAUAACAUUGGCAACCAAAUCAACCAAAAUGACGCACAGAAAAAGACCACGAAUCAACGGCAAAAGAGAAAAAUUGCGGACGCAUCAACAUCGAAUGGCAAUUCAAAGAAGAUACGGAGGAUUGCAACACGUUCGACAUUGAAAACCAUUCCAGAAUCGAUUUCAGAACCGCCAUUGAUUGAUCUGAAAUUCGAUGAUGCAGAGAGAUCUCAUCAGUCAAACAACGUAGAUUUUAAACCGGUUGAACGAAGUGAAACCAAUUCAAAUGGUGCUGAACGACAGAAUGGAUCGACUUCAAAAUGGAAAUCCAAAAAAAAUUGUGAGUUUUGUAAUUAUGUGGCCAAACGUCCGGCAGAAUUGAUAAGACACAGACGCAUUCACACUGGCGAGAAACCAUUUAAAUGCAACAUUUGUGCGAAAGGAUUUACUCAAAAGGCUCAUCUGAAUGUUCACAUAAGAACUCACGCAAAACUAUUUCCAUUCCAUUGCUUGAUUUGUCGACAAGGAUUCAACGUGAAACGGACAAAGGAUACGCACGAGAAAAAGUGCAAUUUACGACGAUAUGAAUGUUACUUGUGCAAAUAUGAUACAUUAUACAAAACACACUUAGUCCGACAUAUGUGCAUUCAUACCGUGAGUAGACCAUUCCGAUGUUCUCAUUUUGCGAAACGAUUCGCCAAAAAAUCGGAUUUAGAAUCGCACCUAAAACGACUUAAUGGCAAAGCGAAAUUACAAGUUGAAGAGCUUUUCACUGCCGAAGAAUGUCUGGAGAAUGAAACCAAUUCAAAUGGCACCGAACAACCGAAUGGAUCGACAUCAAACGUGAAAUCCAAAACACAAAGUGAGUUUUGUAAUUAUGAGGCCAAAAAUCCGGAAAAUCUGAUUGUACACAGACGCACACACACUGAUGAAAAUCCAUUUGAAUGCAUCAUUUGUGCGGAAGGAUUUACUCGAAAAGAAAAUCUGAAAACGCAUAUGAAAACUCACGGAAAACAAUUCCCAUUCCAUUGCUCGAUUUGUCGACAAGAAUUCAUGAUGACAAGAGAAAAACUGCACUCCACAACUAUUUGAAUGUUACUUGUGUAAAUAUGUCACCAUACUUAAAUCGAAUUUAGUCUAUCAUAUGCGUAAGCAUACUGUAUCAUUCCGAUGCUCUCAUUGUUUCAGACUAUUCUCCACAAAAUCUUCUUUAAAAUAGCACCUAAAAAGAUUUGAUGACGAAAUGAAGUUACAGGAUAAAAAACUAUUCACUAUUG